UGGUGGCGUUGGCGCGGUAGUAGCAACCUGCCCGGUUCAAAAAUCAAAAGCAAACGCCUUUCUCAGUUUGCCCUCGCUCCCAUUCCAGCAUGCAAACGUGUAUGUAUGGGCAUCUGCAUGUUGAUUCGCACGAAUAAGCUUCUAGAGUUGUGCUUGAAGCAUUCUCGUGCACAGCAACAUCCUGUCUCAAUGUUCUCAUCAAUUUCUCUUUCAUCUUGCCCAACUGUUCCAGCAUCCUUGGAUGAUAGUGAUACCAUUCGUCUCUUUUCGGCUUCGAUGAACCAACCCAAUUGGGAAAAAAGCAACCGCCUAAAAUCGCUGGCUUCUCACCUUCCUCCCCAUGUUGCUUCCAAUAUUAUUGCACAGCAUAGUGACAAGCCUGAGCUCGGGGUCCGAUUUUUCAGAUGGGUAAGCAAGCAAUCCACAUAUUGCUAUGAUUUAGAUAGUAGAAUUAAUCUUCUCAAGUUAUUGGUACUUCGUAAUUUGUUUUCUGUUGCACAUAGGGCCGUAAUUUUCUUGAUUAAAGAGUGUAGUAAUAGCGAGGAUGAGGCUCUGAAGUUAAUGGGUUCGCUUGACGACUUGCGAGAUACUGGGUUUAGGCUUAAUUAUCCUUGUUACAGCACUCUUUUAAUGUGUUUCGCUAAGUUGAGCAUGGGUAUGUCCGCAUUUUUUGUUUAUAGGAGAAUGGUGGGUGAUGGAUUUGUCCUUGGCAUUGUCGACUACAGGUCCAUUGUUAGUGCCUUGUGCAAAAGUGCUUUCGUUGAAGCUGCUGAAAUGUUUUUAUCCAGAGUUUUGAAAGUUGGGUUUCGUUUUGAUGUUCAUAUUUACACCUCUCUGGUGUUGGGGAGUUGCCGGAUGGGUGAUCUCGAAGAGGCCUUUCGAGUGUUUGAUAUAAUGCCCAAUCAAGAUGGAUGCAACGCCAACAGUGUCACAUACUCGAUACUAAUCCAUGGUCUAUGUGAAGCCCGUAGGAUUGAAGAAGCAUUUCAGUUGAAGGAAGAAAUGAGUAAAAAGGGUUGCCAGCCAAGUACACGUACAUAUACUGUCCUCAUUAAAGCUCUUUGUGAUGGUGGAUCGACGGACAAGGCUUUAGGUUUGCUUGACGAGAUGGCCAUGAAGGGAUGUGUACCGAAUAAUCACACUUAUACUGUAUUGAUAGACAGGUUGUGUGGAGAAGGAAGGAUUGAGGAGGCUAAUGGGAUGUUCAGAAAGAUGUUAAAAGAAGGGUUGUUUCCCGGCACCAUAACUUACAAUGCCUUAAUCAAUGGUUAUUGCAAGGAAGGGAGAGUCGUGUCUGCAUUUGAGCUACUUAGUGUGAUGGAAAGGAGAAACUGCAAGCCUAAUAUCCGCACCUACAAUGAGCUAAUGGAAGGUUUGUGCAAAAUAAAUAAACCUCACAAAGCAAUGUUGCUAUUUAGAAGAGUCAUUGAUAAUGGCCUUUUGCCCAACAGAAUAUCAUACAACAUUUUGAUCGAUGGAUUCUGCGAGGACGGACAACUUAGUGUGGCGUUCAAAAUAUUGAAUUCGAUGGAAGCAAUUGGCCUUGAACCUGAUGAUUUUACUUACACAACGCUGAUUGAUGGGCUUUGCCAACAAGGGAGACCUGUGCAAGCAAAUGGGAUCAUGGGUUUGAUGAUGAAGAAGGGAAUAUCUCCUGAUGAAGUAACAUUUACUGCUCUUAUCAAUGGGUAUUGCAAGAUUGGUGAAGCCGGAACUGCAUUUUGGCUUUUUCAGAGAAUGGUUUACCCCAGCUGUUUGAUUAGUCCACAUAUAUUCAAUUUAUUCCUUGAUGUACUUAGCAAACAAAAUAGGAUGAACGAAGCAAACUUCAUAUUGGGCAGGAUGGUAAAGUAUGGUUUAGUUCCAUCUGUUGUGACUUUCACAAUAUUAAUUGAUGGACUUUGCCGAGCAGGUGACACUAGGAAAUCUUUAGGCAUCUUAGGUCUAAUGAAACAAGUUGGCUGUCUCCCAAAUGUUUAUACUUACACUGUUCUGAUCCAUAGCCUAUGUCAGCAAGGGAGAUUGGAUGAAGCUGUGGCUCUUCUCUUCAAGAUAUCCCUCUUAGGAUUAUCUCCAAACUACAUUACAUAUACCAUAUUGGUAAAGGCACAUGUUAAAGCCGGGAGAUUUGAUUGUGCCCUUAAGAUUGUCAGUGCCAUGGUAAAAAAUGGUAACCAACCAAACAGCCAAAUCUACAAUGCACUGCUUGCAGGCUUUGUUAUUUCAUCCCGAGAACUAAAUGCAGGAACUGUGAGUACUUUGCAUGAUUUGGGUGCUAAAUCCUCCCUUAUAAGGGAGAAUUGUGAGGAUUGCAUUUCUGACUGCAUUUUCAAGCAAAUAAGCAUUAAUGAUGCUUUUGACAUUCUUGGUAAGAUCAAAGAAUCCAUUGGCUCCUCUAUGGAUUUGUAUAAUUUCUUAGGUAUGGGCUUAUGCAAAGUGGGAAGAAUGUCUGAGGCAGGUCUUCUUGUCCAAUAUAUGGCGGCGCAUGGUCUCUGUCCUGACAAAGCUCUCUGCUCUUUGAUCAUCGAGUACUUGUGCAAGGAGCAGAAAUUCGAUGACUGCCUCUUGUUCAUAAAACUCAUUCUCCAUAAUGGUUUUCUUCCACCUAAUACAUCAUACUGUUCUGUGAUACAUGGGCUUCGCAAAGCAGGAAAGGUGGAAGAAGCUAAAAGACUAGUCUCUGAUCUCAUCAGAUAUGCUGGUGUUGAGGAGAAAGCUGCAGUAGCACCCUAUGUCGAGUUCUUAGUAAAGGAAGAUGAACCCUGUCAACUCCUCGAGCUUUUAAAACUAGUUGAGCAGAUGCAUCAGGAUGAUAGGCCAUGUAUUUAAUCUUUAUCCCAUUUCUUCUUCUAACUAAGAAGAGCAGGGGACAUCUUGUUUCUCCAUAUGAGCAGGGAUCAGUCAAUUAAGUCUUCCCUUGACUGGCAACAUGCAUGAUACAUUCAUUCAUUCAUUCAUUCAUCAAGCUGCAUUCCAGCUGAUAUGCUGAUUCAGCUGAUGGUUUUGGGGGAACCGUUUGUGGCCGAUUCAACGAAAGCUAAGUGCUAUUGGGAGUUCUCUUUCACCAUGGUAAAACUUGAAUUUUGUUAAAUUUGAUCCCCCUGUAUAUUUGCAUGUACGGCUGAUGAUGGUCUUCAAAUGCUUCCAAUUUACAGAUUAGAUGCAACCAUCUCAGCUUGCUUAAUCAAUUCCAAUAGUUAAGAGUAAGGGGUAUACCAUCCAUGUUCAACUUUUUUCUCUUAUUUAAAUGUAUGUAC